AUGGAAAAUAUUAUUAAAUAUGCUCAUAUAUAUGAUGCAGAAGAAAUUUUAAAAGCAUUAGACGUGGAUGAAAAUAGAGGAUUAUCAGAAGAUGAAUUACUUAAAAGAAGAACUAAAUACGGUUUAAACGAAUUAGAAGUAGAAAAAAAGAAAGGUAUGCUAGAAUUAAUAUUAAAUCAAUUUGAUGACUUAUUGGUUAAGAUAUUGUUGCUAGCUGCAUUUAUUAGUUUUGCAUUAACAUUAUUAGAUAUGAAAAAUAAAAAAAUAGCAAUAUCUGAUUUUAUCGAGCCUUUAGUAAUAGUACUUAUAUUGAUAUUAAAUGCUGCUGUUGGGGUAUGGCAAGAAUGUAAUGCUGAAAAAUCAUUAGAAGCAUUAAAACAGUUACAACCUACGAAAGCAAAAGUGUUAAGAGAUGGAAAAUGGGAAAUAAUUGAUAGUAAAUAUUUAACUGUAGGAGAUAUAAUUGAAUUAAGUGUGGGAAAUAAAACACCAGCAGAUGCAAGAAUAAUAAAAAUAUAUUCUACAAAUAUUAAAGUAGAGCAAAGUAUGCUUACAGGUGAAUCUUGUUCUGUUGAUAAAUAUGCUGAGAAAUUAGAUGAGAAAUUUAAAAAUUGCGAAAUUCAGUUAAAAAAAAAUAUUUUAUUUUCUUCUACAUCUAUAGUAUGCGGUAGAUGCAUAGCUGUUGUUACUAAGAUAGGUAUGAAAACCGAAAUUGGAAAUAUACAACAUGCAGUAAUAGAAUCAAAUAAUGAAGAUGUAGCUACUCCAUUGCAAAUAAAAAUAGACUUAUUUGGUAAACAAUUGUCAAAAAUUAUCUUUAUUAUUUGUAUAACUGUAUGGAUAAUAAAUUUUAAGCAUUUUUCUGAUCCUAUACAUGGUUCAUUUUUAUAUGGAUGCUUAUAUUAUUUUAAAAUAAGUGUAGCUUUAGCUGUUGCUGCAAUACCUGAAGGAUUACCAGCCGUUAUUACUACAUGCCUGGCUUUGGGAACCAGAAGAAUGGUAAAGAAAAAUGCAAUAGUUAGAAAACUUCAAAGUGUUGAAACAUUAGGAUGCACUACUGUUAUAUGCUCCGACAAGACUGGAACAUUAACAACAAAUCAGAUGACUGCUACCGUUUUUCACUUAUUUAGAGAAUCUGAUACAUUAACAGAAUAUCAGUUGUGUCAAAAGGGUGAUACUUUUUAUUUCUAUGAAGCAUUUGAAAGUGAAGAAACGAAUUCCUUUUUUAAGAAACUAAAAGAACAAGGUCAAAUAGAUGAAACAAAUAUGGUUGAAAAAGAAGAUAAGAAAAAUAGAAAUAGUGAAGAUGAAGAAGGAAUCCCAUUAAGAGAGAUGGAAACCAAAGAAAAUACUUUUAUUAGUAGGGGAAGUAAAAUUAUAGAAGAUCAAAUUAGUAAGUAUUGCUAUUCUGAAUUUGAUUAUCAUUUUUAUAUGUGUUUGGUCAAUUGUAAUGAAGCUAACAUAUUUUGUAAUAAUAAUAACGAAAUUGUAAAAAAAUUUGGGGAUAGCACAGAAUUAGCUUUGCUAUAUUUUGUUCACAAUUUUGAUAUAUUACCAGCUUGCCCUAAAGGCAACAAAAUGCCUGCAGAAUAUGAAAAAGUAAACAAUGUAAAUAAAAAAGGGGACUCUAAAAAAAAUAUUAUAAAUAAUAAUAAUUCAAACAAUAACACUUUAUGUAGUUUGAGCACUGCAUGUACAAAUUCCAGCAGUAGUAAUAAGGAAGACUCUAGUACACCUAGUGAAAGCAUAACUGCUUGGAGAAAUGAAUGUAAGCAAAUGAAAAUUAUUGAAUUUACAAGAGAAAGAAAAUUGAUGAGUGUAAUAGUAGAAAAUAAUAAAAAAGAAUUAGUUCUAUAUUGUAAAGGUGCACCAGAAAAUAUUAUUAAAAAUUGUAAAUUUUAUUUUUCAAGAAAUGAAAUUCGUCCUUUAACAGACGAAUUAAAAAAUGAUAUUAACAAUAAAAUUAAAAAUAUGGGUAAAAAAGCAUUGAGAACCCUCAGUUUUGCUUUUAAAAAAUUAGAAAAAAAUGAUUUAAAUAUUGUAAAUUCGGAAGAUUAUUAUAAAUUAGAACAAAAUUUAAUUUAUUUAGGAGGGUUAGGAAUAAUUGAUCCACCUCGUAAAUAUGUGGGGAGAGCUAUAAAUUUAUGCCACGUGGCAGGUAUAAGAGUAUUUAUGAUAACCGGUGAUAAUAUUGAUACAGCAAAAGCUAUAGCAAAAGAAAUUAAUAUAUUAAAAGAUAAUGGGGGUGAUGAUGAUGAUAAUACAUGUUGCUAUAAUGGAAGAGAAUUUGAAGACCUUCCAUUAGAAAAACAAAAAGACAUACUAAAAAAUAGUGAAAGAGUAGUGUUUUGUAGAACUGAACCUAAACAUAAAAAACAAAUUGUUAAAGUAUUAAAAGAUUUAGGGGAGACAGUUGCUAUGACAGGCGAUGGAGUAAAUGAUGCUCCUGCCUUAAAAUCAGCUGAUAUUGGUAUAGCCAUGGGAAUUAAUGGAACAGAAGUAGCAAAAGAAGCAUCAGAUAUAAUUUUAGCAGAUGACAAUUUUAAUACUAUAGUAGAAGCAAUAAAAGAAGGAAGGUGUAUUUAUAACAACAUGAAGGCAUUCAUACGUUAUUUAAUUAGUAGCAAUAUAGGAGAGGUUGCUUCUAUAUUUAUAACAGCAAUUUUAGGAAUUCCAGACAGUUUAGCCCCAGUCCAAUUAUUAUGGGUUAAUUUGGUAACAGACGGAUUACCAGCUACAGCAUUAGGUUUCAAUCCUCCUGAACACGACGUGAUGAAAUGCAAACCAAGACAUAAAAGUGAUAAUUUAAUAAAUGGUUUAACAUUAUUGCGAUAUAUUAUUAUCGGUACAUAUGUAGGAAUAGCUACUGUUUCAAUAUUUGUAUACUGGUAUCUAUUUUACCCGGAUGCAGAUAGGCAUACCUUAAUAAAUUUUUAUCAGCUGUCUCAUUAUAAUCAAUGUAAGGGAUGGAGUAAUUUUAAGGUUAAUAAAGUUUAUGAUAUGACAGAUAAUGGAUGUUCUUAUUUUUCAUCGGGAAAAGUUAAAGCAAGCACAUUGUCUUUAUCUGUUCUCGUUUUAAUUGAAAUGUUUAAUGCAUUAAAUGCUUUAAGUGAAUAUAAUUCUUUAUUCGAAAUACCACCAUGGAGAAAUCUUUAUUUAGUAUUAGCUACAAUUGGCUCAUUAUUUUUACACUUUUUAAUAGUUUAUAUUCCUCCCUUAGCUCGUAUUUUUGGUGUUGUUGCCUUGACUUAUUAUGAUUGGUUCCUUGUAUUUUUAUGGUCAUUUCCUGUUAUAAUAAUUGACGAAAUUAUUAAAUUUUAUGCAAAGAAAAAAUUAAAUGAAGAACAAUCCACUAAUAAAUUAAAGACUGAUUAA